AUGCGUUUGAUAUCCAUGGCACCAAAACCUCGCUUUGCAACAAGGCGUACAACGAAUUAUAUCCUGUGGUGUCGGUUACCGCUGCAGCGUUACUCGCCCUGCGAAGAAGAGGAGCCCUCUUAG